UUUUAGGAAGGAAGACCUAAACAAGGAACGCCAGACUUCGUCUGAGCACCAGAAACUUAAAUAAACAUGGUUGUUGGCAGCCCGGACGAUGCUUCUGCCAACAUCCCUGACAUACAGGCUGUCGGGGAUCAAGAACAGCCGGAGACACCUGAAGAGCCCCUGAGGAUCAUGCUUCUUGGAAAGAGUGGCGUAGGCAAGAGCUCGAGUGGGAACACCAUCCUCGGAAAGAAAGUGUUUAAAUCAGACAUGAAGGUGGUGAGAGUCACCACACAGUGUGAGAAGGUGAUGGGGAUAGUUCAUGAUGUGCCUGUCUGUUUGACUAAGAAAGUUAAGGAUGUGCCUGUCGCUGUGAUCGACACACCCGGCUUCUUUGAGACAGACAGCAACAUGGAGGUCAAUGUGGGAAAGAUUCUGCAGUGCUACAAACUCCUGGAACCAGGACCUCACGUCUUCGUGCUUGUAGUCCCUGUAGGACGGAUGACUCAGGAAGAUCGAAAUACCAACGCACUGAUCGAAGCGAAGUUUGGUCCAAGAGUGUGGGACUACACCAUCGUGUUGUUCACUCAUGGGGAUCGUUUGGAAGAUCAAACAAUAAAUGAUAUGAUCACAGAGAGCGAUGCCAACCUUCGCAACUUCAUACGCAAGUGUAGCGGCGGCUUCCAUGUCUUCAACAACAAGACCCAGGAGGACCCGGAGCAGGUGACCAGUUUCAUAGCAAAGAUCCAAACACUGGUGGCCCUGAACGGAAAGAAAGUUUACGACAAAACCAUGUAUCCCAAAGAGGAGAGGCAGAUUCAGGAAAAACAGGAGAUUAUCCUAGCAGAGAGAGAAGCUGAAAUCAAACACAAGGAGGAACAGUUGAAGGAUCGUUACCAGGGGACAGAACUGGAGGCGAAGAAGGAGAAGCUGUGGAGGAUGGAAGAGAGGGAAUCAAGGCUGGCUGCAGAGAGGGAGAUCAGGAAUUCCCUGCUUUGGAAGGCUGCGAUAACCAUCAUAGUGUUGAUGAUACUAACUCCGUUUGCUCCGAUUCUGUUGCCCGUUACGUUAAUCGGCAUUCUGUUUUUCAUUGUCUUCAUGUAUCGAUCUACUUCUUAUUCUAAGAAAAAUGAUUAGGUGUGUUUUGAAGAAAGGGAGAGAAGCGCUGUCAGUACUUAUCCAUCAAUUAUUUGAGUCUAUAACAGGUGUUCAAUCAACGUAGUGGAUUUUAAUUCCAGGGAAAUCGUCAGCUCAUCAUUAGAAAACAGUGUUUAUCAUUUUGUUUAGAUUUUUUGCUUCCUCAUCAUUAAAACUUAAUCCACUAUUAUGUAACACAACCAUAAAAAAAGAUAUUGUUUAAACUGUUUUUAUCGUCAGUUCUGUCCAAUCAUUUGGCUGUAAUCGUAAUGUGAAAAUCUGUAUUUUUUGUGUAAACUAAAAUAAAGAAUAGACAGUCUAAGAAUA